AUGUUUUCCAGAGUAUUGUUAAAAUCAAAAUACCUGAACACUUGCCUUGGAGAGGUCAGCCUCCCAGAAGCAACAGCAGAUGGGAAAACUAAAUUUCAUGAGCUGAAGGUUAGCAUCUAGUCAACAUAUGCAUACCAGUGAAUGAGCAAUGUGUGCUAUAAUUUUUUGCAGGUGGGACCAGAAUUUUUGUGGAAAAAAGAAAGGCUCUCUCAUGGAAAACAACUACCACCUGUACGACUACCAGUAAAGACGUCAGUAAAAGUAAAACUAAAAAAUAUAAAAGUACGAAAUCACAUUCCAUCCCAUCUGCCUCACAAAAAACAUCUGCAACAUUAGCACAUUCACCCAUCACAUCUACCUCUUUAUCAACAUCAUCAGCAUCGGCAACAGUACUAACAGCACAUUCACCAAUCCCAUGGUCUUCUACCUCACCACCAUCCUCUCCAUCAAUAGUUUUAGCAUCCACAGCAGUAGAUUCACCUAUCCCAUCUGCCUCACCAAAAUCAUUUCAUUCAGCACCUUUGUCAUCUACAGGUCAUUCAUCCACCCCUCCUUCUACAUCAGAAUCACAACCCUCGCUUCAUCAGGUCACAUCUAGUAACCAUCGUGGGUGGGUCACUGUGCCUGAGUCUAGCUUUGUCUAUAAGGACAUAUUUAAGUCAACCACCUGCGACGGGAAAAGAGCCAUAAAGGCUAAAAAAACAUUUCAUAUUUAA